CGUGGACCCAUUGUUAUUAAUCUGAUUAUUGUCUACGAGGAAUUGGGACUCUAUUAUGCUGGCCUGAUACCACACCAAAAUGGAGAGUAUCCAGCGUCAUAUCCUACAGAACCAUUGUUUGUAUCAGAAAAGUUGGGUUGAAGAAAAAAAGGUCAAGGCCUAUACAAUCACUCCUCGUAAACCUAGACGGACACCCCGGACAUCUAAUAACGCCAUCAAUGGAUCCCACGCUAGCCUUGAUGUGUUCCAGAAAUAUGACGCGAGAAUACCAACUUCUCGAGCCUCAAUGGAAUCUAUCUACAACGGGCAGGACUUGGAGGAUGACACACCAAGACAACGCAACGACAAACGCCUUAAUCGUCUAAUCAAGUCUGAGGCGCCGGACUCGUCUUCGAAUGCUUUGGUCAGUUCGUCUGUUAAUUUUGACCGGAAGUCCACUCGUCCCCAGAGUCUUCCUGCUUUUUUCCGGGACAGUGAGAAAGAUAUGAGACUAUAUCAACAACUCGACAUGAGGCGCCAACAACGCGUUAACCGACGGAAGCCAUGGACGGAGUCGUCCCAAUCCGUGUCACAAAGUAAAGGCUACGACUCAGAGUUCUUCUAUGAUGCAUACCUGCCGGAGGAUAUCGAUAAGGAAGAUCUGAAGAAGAAAAGUAGAAAAUUUGUCACUAACUCAAAAUACGGCAAUGUUUACGAACUUAGGAGUAAACACAAGCCGAAAGUCCGGACUCCCCCAAUGGGCACGUGGCUGUGGGAAGAUGACUUCAACAUUUGGUUAUAUAACAAGAUGACGUCAUCGGCACCUACGCCGUCAGUUUCGCAGCAUGAACCAAGAUCCUGGCGAUCUGACACAGAUCGUACAACCACGAAGACCUACAGAAACUACCAGUCUACUCCCAGACGCGAUCGGAAUGGGGAUAAACCACAUGCUGACCUAUUUGCACACUACCACUCGUACCGAUUAGAGAAGCAGAGGAGACGUGACGCAUGUCUACUGAUACAGAAAGUGUUCCGAGGAUGGCACGUCAGGAACCACCUGGCGAAACUCAAACGGAAGGCAGUGCUUGAACACGGAACACCGUGGCAGAAGUUUAUCACAGAGUACAAAGACUUGGUCAUCCGGAUCCAGGCUAGGUACGGAGAACUUACAGGCCAAUGUGGCAUCGACCUCGCGGAAAUCGAGGAAUUCAUGGAUCAGAAAUUUAAAUAUGAACGAGCGUUUGACGAGACUGCUUAUGGGUCUAAAUUGAUGAAGCAAGACUUAGUGUCAUUUUUCAACACCUGUAAGCUAUCACCAACAAACAAAGAGUUAUCCAAGUCUUUCGACAGUGUUUUUAGAGCUGCUGGGACGACAGCGGAAGUAGUUUUUGUCUUAGACUCCUCCUCUAGUAUUGGUACUUGUGGUUUCCGGUUUCUGACAACGUUCGUUAAAGAUGUCGUGUCGUCAUUUGACGUAGGACCAGAACGCGUUCGAGUUGGUAUCAUACCUUACAACGACGCCAUCUUCAACUCAUUUGGGUUCACCAAGCACCCUACCAAGCGAGGGUUAGUCAGUGCCAUAGAUGAGCUCGAACCCAAGAGCGGAGUUACACGGACAGAUCUGGCCCUGAAAAAGAUGUCCCACAUGAUGUUGUCUGCAAGGCCUGGUGUACAGCGAAUAGGAAUAGUGAUUACUGAUGGGCGAUCGUCCAACCCCGAUCACACCCGACUAGCCGCUCAGGCAGCGCACAACGAAAACAUCACCGUCUUCUCUAUUGGUGUGGGUGAUGGUUAUGACAAAGACGAGCUGGAGGCCAUAGCGUCCUCAAACGAAAACGUGUUCACGGUCGCUGACUACAACGCAUUAAAGACUAUCAAGGAAAAACUGGCGAAGAAAACUUGUCUAGCCGCUUGCAUCCUCUGUCAGCAAAUCCUCCCUCGGAUCCGAGACAUGGGCCUGUACAAAUCGGAGGUCCUGGAGUUAGCUUGGACAUUGUAUCCCCCUCCCGGGUGUGAAAUCGGGUAUUUGAGAACGCUCUCCACCGACGUUAUGAGCGAUGUUUCAUCUAGUCUCUACCACACCGCCACCGCGAGCCGUGAUGGAACACUGAAGGGUAAGUGUCAUCCCCUGUAUAAGACGGACGUCAUGGAGAUGUUGUGGACCAUGUAUCCACCGCCGGCUGCCCACAUCACCCGAAAGUCUCGCUGGAUACAUCCAAUCGUUGAUGGCCAAGAGGCCAAUGCUCAUUCCAUACUUGACGAGGAGGAGCUGGACGCGACAGACAUUAAGACGUGUCUAAGGGUGGUAAUACAGGCCAAGUUAGAACGACAAGGAUUCAUCUAUCUUCCCGCCAAAGAAAAAUACAGCGUGGAGAAAGUGACGAACGCCGAGGACGCUAUCCGGGUCACGGAGGAGUGGAUGAAAACAGAGGGGGCACAAGAACUGAUGGGCAAGAAAAAGGACAACAGUUUCACAAAGUGGCUCAAGUAAACAGAUUCAAAAGACGCGUCUUUGUAGAUAUUUCAAGCUAUGACUAGAUGACUUGAAGGUCAUGCCACUUGUCGAAUUGAACGUAUCCACGGGAAAAUGAUUCGUCUUUAGAUAUUUCAUCAUCUUGUACGUAACAUUUAUAGUGACCUUAUCCAGCUCAAUACCUAGACUG